AUGCUCGCGCGACAGGUCCCAUCUAAGACCGUGGCGGGCUGCCAGAAGCAGCGGGCUUCUGUUUCUCGUACGCGGGUGGCGGUACUGGCGCAAUGGAGCACCCGGGCUGACGCAACGCAGGAGCGCGCCGCACCGCACGUUCUGCAGAGGGUCGCGGCUGCUGCCGCUGCUGCUGUGGUCAGCUCCUCCAUGCUGCUUGCGGGGCCGGCCCUGGCACGGCUGGACCCUGUGAACCGGCCCGACCUGCUGCCCCAGGGGCAGGUGACCUCCGUCAUCGACGUGGCCGGGUUCCUGACGCCCUCCGAGGAGAAGCGCAUCGCGGCAGAGGUGGCGUCCCUGGAGGCCGACACGGGCUACAAGCUGCGCGUGCUGGCGCAGAACUACCCGGAGACCCCGGGCCUGGCCGUGCGUGAAUACUGGGGCGUCGACGCCAACACAAUCGUGUUUGUGGCGGACCCCACUUUUGCCAACAUCCUGAACUUCAACGUGGGCCAGGGGCUCGACCUGGAGGUGCCACAGAGCUUCUGGAGCCGGCUGGCCGGCAAGUAUGGCAACAAGUUUUAUUGGCAGGAGAAGGGCGAGGCCGCGGCUAUCACAAACGCAGUGAGUGGUGCAGCUGCGGAAGUCAGCGCCAUCGACGCCUGCCUGCGUGAGCCCUCAGGGCGCAGCAAGUGUUCUCAGGUCCAGGCUGAGUUUGGGGAGCAGCCCAGCUCUGGCAAGUUCGGAAAGCUGCUGGGCCAGUAG